GCUUGAGCCUGGCUCCCCAUGCUACCACUCUGCCGUCUGGCCGGCCAACUAACUCCAAAUGCGACCAACCAUCUCUUCCUAGUCCCAUUGCCCGUGCCAAAGCUCUCGAGCGUCCUGAGCUCCGUCUUGAUUUCAUGCUCAUGGACGAGUUCAACGCCUGAUGCAUCAGCAGCUUUUGCCCUCUGCGGAGCGCCAUGAAAUGACCUGAUUGGCACCUUGUUCUUCGGCAUCCUGGUCUCGCGUCGGAAAGGUCGCCGCGAGCUGAAAUGGCUGGGCCCUCGCUCGCAAACGGGUUCCGGACCUGGCUUCGCAGCCUCCACGCCUCGUCUAGGGCAAGAUACCUAGCUGUCGCGGCAUUUGUCUCGCUGGCGCUGAUAUAUUUCUCGUUGUAUACCUCCUCCAAGAGCCUGGAAUCAUGGCACAACGUGGAUUUGCCAGGCUCGAUAGAGCAUGGAGAGUUGAUGAAUGGAAAGCACCCGAUCGAUGACCUGAUCCUGUCCGCGAGAGCCCAAUACUACCGCACACUGAACAGGAGGAGUUACAAUGUUCAGGAUGCUGCCAAGAAAUACCGGGCACGAAGAGGGCGACAUCCCCCACCGGGCUUUGACGAGUGGUUCGAGUAUGCGAAGAGCAAGGACGCCGUCAUCGUGGAAGAAUUUUUCGACCGUAUCUACCACGACCUGACCCCGUUUUGGGCCAUUGAUCCGAAAGUGCUGCGUUUCCAGGCGAAUGCGUAUGACUUUGUCAUUUCGGUACGCCGAGGCAACGCGACGUUUAAAACAGACACCAAGAAGAGAGUCCCAUGGAUCCAACUCUGGCAUGGCUUGAUUGCAGAAUUGCAACACCGGCUGCCUGACGUCGAUGUACCUGUUAACAUGAUGGAUGAGUCUCGUGUGGUCGUACCCUGGGAAGAGAUGGAAGAGUACAUGCGAAAGGCCGAGCUGAAGCGAUUCGAGAUGGAUCCGGUGGAAGUCAUCUCGAAUUUCACAGGACUCACGGCGUUUGACGCGGACAAAUCUGAGUUGGACAUGCACUACGAUCCACAGUUCCACGGGGGUCAGUAUUGGGAACUUGCUAAGAUCGGGUGUCACCCAAACUCGACGUCACGCAACGAACCUGCCUGGACACCAUUGGAAGAGCCGACGUUGCUCCCGCGUGGCCAGCCCCAGAACUCUGUCCAUGGAUUUGUGGGGAACUGGACACUGGCAAAGCAGAUUUGCGACAAGCCCUACCUGCGCGGUCUCCACGGCUCCUUUAUAGAGCCUGUUUCAGUAUCCACCACUCACCAGCUCAUCCCUAUGUUUGGAGGCUCGAAACUACCCGUCAACAACGAGAUCCUUCUGCCUCCAGCUACAUAUCUCAAUGCGGACCCUCUGUACUCCGGGGGCAAGAAGCACGGCUCGGACUGGAGCUCCAAAAAGGAGAAAGUUUACUGGCGUGGAGUCGCAUCUGGUGGCCGCAACAGAGCCGAAAACUGGAUCCACUUCCAGCGGCAUCGCUUCGUGCAGAUGAUGAACGGCACGCGCGUGUUGCAAGCAGAGCAGACACGGAUCCGCGGCGAGACGUUCGACCUUCCUCGCUGGGAUGACUUCAACAUCAAGGCCAUCCGCAACGGAUAUCUUGGCGACUGGGUCUCCGAGAUUAGCGACGUGUCAUUCAUUGACCUGCUGUGCUUCCCACACACCGACGGGCGCAACUGUCCCUACACGGACCCGUAUUUCUCAACACAAGACGGCGUGCCCAUGGAGAAGAUGUACAAGCACAAGUACCUCCCGGACAUCGACGGCAACUCUUUCUCCGGCCGAUACCGCGCUUUCCUGAAGUCUACGUCCGUGCCCAUCAAGGCGACGAUCUACGAGGAGUGGCACGAUGACCGCCUGUUCCCCUGGGUACACUUCAUCCCGAUGGACAACACAUUCAUCGACAUCUACGGCAUCCUGGACUAUUUCAUGGGUUUCAACGGCCUCGGCAGCCACGACGACGUGGCCAAGCAGAUCGCAGACGACGGCCGGUCCUGGGCCGAAAAGACGCUCCGGCGCGAGGACAUGGGCAUCUACACGUACCGACUCCUGCUCGAAUGGGCGAGACUAUGCGACGAUAACAGGGUCUCCAUGGGCUGGGUGGAGGAUCUCCUAGGUGCGCCGUGAGCAACGCAAGCAACCCAGUCGUCUAUCUGACGGACGCAGGCGCCGAACGUCCUUUGGGCCAACUGUAAGCUGAGACGAGGAUUCGUCCACGGCAUGAGUGAUGAUGUAUCGACAUUUUAUUUGGUUAUGUUUUGCAUGAGACGGCGUUCAAUACCUCGGGCGCGUUUGUAUGUAUGCUGGGCCCGAUCAAAUUCAACAUCCUUCAUUAUUUGACCUUAUUUUGAGAUGACCGACUCCCGAUCUUUCCCCAUGGUAUUCUUAGUUGUUCUUACGUCCGAACAGCAGCGAGGCUACAUUUGUCACUAUAUGGCUUUACCUAUCAUGUCCUUGAAUUUGGCAGUGUGUGACGGUUGUGGUAGAGGUGUCAUUUUGAUUGAUUUUCUACUACAAACAUGGUAUCUAUGGACGACUUAAUGGUACAAAAAAGCCAUUUUAAUGCAAUGUAACAUCCCUAGGUUAGGCACAGGGUAUCAAAGACGUCAUAAAGACUUGAGGACUCUCUAGUCAACAUGAUGUGACAAAUGUUUCGCUUCUCGUCAACUAUAAGAACACUGG